CCAGUGUCUUUGUUCCCACGGCCGUAACAAUGCAAGAGGCUUGUCGUGUUGAAGCAUUCCUUUGCGGAGAAACGAGGGUCCUUUUGUCAGUGGCGCAGCUGAACUCUGGGGUGAUCACCGUUUCUUUGGUUCAAGGCACCGGAGCAGCUGACCUGCAUGCCUGUGCCUGACUUCCGAGACGACACUUCAUCAACACCACUCUUGCCUUUUCUCAGUGAAUUUCCCAACAAGCAAAUUCAAAGCUCAAAGCAUCAAUAAACACAAGCAACAAUCAAAGCUAUCAAGCAACGACAAUCAUACAACAAUGCCCACCCUACCUCGACCAGGCAAACAAUCUCUCUUCGACAUGGUAGAGCAGAACAAAGCGACAGCCGCACAAGCACAUGCAGAUAACGAAGCAAUAUCAUCAACACAACAUGAAGACCAAUACACUACUUCUCAAAAACAACUCGACCCAGAAGUAUCAAGUAUAUUCACCCAAUCCACCACCGACACCGGAAACCCCAUCCACCAAUCCACUUCCUCUUCAUCACGUUUCGGGUUCUUGAGAAGGAAUAAAUCCUCUUCCAAUCCUCAAGACCAAGCUGGUCUACUUACCAAUUCUGCGGGUGGUGAAGGUGUCAAGGAAAAGGAAAAGAAGAAAAGCAGAUUCGAAAAUCCGUUCAAACCGCAUGAGCAGACGGAUGAGGAUAGAGCUAUUAUGGAAAAACUUGCCAAGAGGCUGGGGAGUAAGGAGGAAGCUAUUAGGCAGGGUGGUGCGCAGCCGGCUGGGUAUAGGGGUGUGGGUGGGGGGUAUGCGGCUGGUGGGCCUUGGACUGGUGGGAUGUAG